CUUAGCGGCAGGAUGAGCGAAGAUUGCGCUUCAACCAAUGGAAUGGCAGCUAAUUCUCUGUCUAAGAAGCGAGAAGACUAUUUGGAAUGGUGUGAAUAUUUUAUGGCUGUAGCAUUUUUAGCAGCUCAGAGAUCUAAAGACCCAAACUCACAGGUCGGUGCAUGCAUUGUGAACUCCGAGAACAAGAUAGUUGGAAUUGGAUACAACGGUAUGCCUAAUGGCUGUCACGACGAUGUGCUCCCAUGGGCCAGGACUGCAGAGGAUAGGCUUGAUACAAAAUACCCUUAUGUUUGCCAUGCUGAGCUGAAUGCCAUAAUGAACAAAAACACUGCUGACGUGAAAGGCUGCACCAUGUAUGUUGCUUUGUUUCCUUGCAAUGAGUGUGCCAAACUUGUCAUUCAGGCUGGUAUAAAAGAAGUUAUUUUUAUGUCUGACAAGUAUCACGACAGCCCAGAUAUGAAAGCUGCAAGACACAUGUUUGAUCUGGCUGGUAUCAAAUACACGAAAUUCAUCCCCAAACACAGAAAAAUUGUCAUUGACUUUGAUUCUAUCAACAGCAGCGGGCCGAGUCCGAAGCCACUGUGAACUGAAGUCUCUUGCAUCUCUGAGUUGCUUUUUGCAGAAAUAGGUGGAAAUUGUAUUAAAUGGUUUAUUGCUUUCUUAUGCAGGGACGCUUAUACUUCAAAAGGAUGCUUUAGAAAGUAUUUCGGGUACUGUCCUCCUGUAGAUCUUAGUUUAUACUUGUGGCUCACUCUGCUGGGGGGCUUCUGUAUCCUGUUGAUUAGUAUCCUUUUUUUAAUAUGGGAACAAUAUUAUAAAAACUUGUUAAGUUUGUGCGUUAUGCUUCCAAAAAUAGAAGUAGGAAGUAACUUGUACAGUUUUUAAUGUAUUAAAGAUGUGCUGUAAAGUGCUCUUUGCAACCUAUGCUGCUAUUAAACAUAGUUUUAAAUUGA